GGAUGCUUUGAAUGAAAACCAGCCCAAAGGAUUAUUUUUUUACGUUCAGUAUAUAUCGGUGGACAGCAGGAUUAUUGGGGAUAUUGCGAGUGUCGGGAGAAAAGUGUUGUACUCCGAUUUUACGGAUGCUCUUUAAAAUGUUGAGGAUAUUUCUCACCCUUGCUCUCCUGGCAGCUGUUCAAUGUAAAUUUGGAGGUGGAUUUUUUCAUCCUGAAUACUACUACGAGGGGGAAUCUGAAUCUGAAUCUGAAUCCAGCGAAUCUUCAAGCGAAUCCUCCAGUGACACCUCGAGCAAACACCCACCAUGCCCGUGUACCCCGCUCGAAGUCGGCCAGUGUUGUGACGACUGUCAUUACUGUAAAGAUGAAAAUGCCAUAUGCGACACAUACGGAUAUAGUAAAGUGUGCAUCUGCAAAUAUGGCUUCAUAUUCGACUAUGAAUGCAAGAAGUGCGUUACUGAAACGAACAUGACUACGACGACGACGCCACCGCCAAAUGUGCCAAUAGGCGGGCCAUGUGGUCGGUCUGCCAACGACUGUAUUAGAUCAGCAGGAAUAAAGUGCGAGAACGUCAUUUGCUGUAAUGAUAAUGGUUGGCCAGCUUGUAGUGAGAAGUUCUGUGUGUGUGAGACUGCAAAGGGCUAUAAAUAUGAUGAUGCCUUAGGGGGUUGCAAUUACACUGGUGAAAACCAACACGAACUAAGCAAAGACUGCAAUAACUCCGCUGGAGAAAUGGCAAAUUUGGGAUAAGCGAUAACCUACAGUUAUAUCUAGUUACAUUAUGCCAGACAAAAGCCUUAAUUUGCUCUCUUAUAAACGACCUUGCACUCAAUUAAAUGCAUUGUUAGUGUCACCAAUUGCUUCGGAAAUUGUACUUUCAAUUUCAAUUAAUUUUCCAUAAGCUCUUCUGUCAUUUGCUCUAUUUAAAAAAAGGAUAACUACAAAAAAGAUUCGAAUAAUCGAUUAUGCGAGUCGCACCUUGAUAAGUCAGAGUCUUAUUCCGGAACUCUGUGUACAUUGGAGUUCAACGGAAUUGAUCUCUGUGUACAUUGAAGUCGAAUGGGACUGAACUCUGUGUACAUUGAAGUCGAAUGGGACUGAACUCUGUGUACAUUGAGGUCCAUUGGGAUUGAACUCUGUGUACAUUGAGGUCCAAUGGGACUGAACUCUGUGUACAUUGACGUCCAAUGGGAUUGAACUCUGUGUACAUUGAGGUCCAUUGGGAUUGAACUCUGUGUACAUUGAGGUCCAUUGGGAUUGAACUCUGUGUACAUUUAGGUCCAUUGGGAUUGAACUUUGUGUACAUUGAGGUCCAUUGGGAUUGAACUCUGUGUACAUUGAUGUCCAAUGGGAUUGAACUCUGUGUACAUUGAGGUCCAUUGGGAUUGAACUCUGUGUACAUUGAGGUCCAUUGGGAUUGAACUCUGUGUACAUUGAAGUCCAUUGGGAUUGAACUCUGUGUACAUUGAGGUCCAUUGGGAUUGAACUCUGUGUACAUUGAGGUCCAAUGGGAUUGAACUCUGUGUACAUUGAAGUCGAAUGGGACUGAACUCUGUGUACAUUGAAGUCUAAUAGGAUUGAACUCUGUGUACAUUUAGGUCCAAUGGGAUUGAACUCUUUGUACAUUGACGUCCAAUGGGAUUUAACUCUGUGUACAAUGAAGUCCAAUGGGAUUGAACUCUGUGUACAUUGAGGUCCAAUGGGAUUGAACUCUGUGUAUAUUGAAGUCCAAUGAGAUUGAACUCUGUUUACAUUGAAGUCCAAUGGGAUUGAACUAUGUGUACAUUGAGGUCCAAUGGGAUUGAACUCUGUGUACAAUGAGGUCCAAUGGGAUUGAACUCUCUGUAUAUUGAAGUCCAAUGGGAUUGUACAUUUAUGUCCAAUGGGAUUGAACUUUGUGUACAUUGACAUCACAUGCUAUUGAAGUUUGUGAACAUUGAUAUCCCAUGAGAUUGAAAUCACUGUACAUUGAGGUUUUAUCUGAAUGAACUCUGUGUACAUUGAUAUCCCAUGAGAUUGUGUGUUGUUGUUUUUUUUGUUAUGGUUAUUUUGUAUGUGUGUGUUUUAGAACGAAACGUGCUCUCUCUCAGUACAUGAUUGUGGAUGAAUACACUGCAUUGACCGUAACUAUGCACUGUCCACAUAUGAGGCUUGGAAUAUAAACAAUUCAUAGUGCAUACUAACAGCGUAAAUGUGUAUAAGGUCUCUAAUCUAUCAAAACGUCUGUAUGAGAUUGAGAAGCAUUUCUUUUUAUAUCUUCGGUGCAGGUUUAAUUAAUGUGAAUAUAAAUAGAGGUAAUUUUGCAAUCGUUCCAACUCGACCAUCUCAGGCAAGCUUCAUGUUGGAUUAUGGCCGAAGUGUUCCGAUUGGUAGUUUUGUUGAUUUAUUUGACUUGCUUGACUUGCUGUUUUCUUCAAUACAAUUUUAUUAUGUUAAAAUGACACAGUUGUUUGAUCACACGACCACAUUGUCAAAAUUACAAACACUCUACAGUCAAUUCAUUAUGUAAGGAAGUGAACUACAUUCGAAAAAUAAGAGAAAAAUAUGGAAAUAUUUAGAUCUAUAUGUAACUAGUUACCCUCAAUAGUACUAUGUAUCUAUGAUGAAUAAUUACGUUACUUUCAAAAUAACUAUGCAUAUUUAUGAUAAAAUGAUGCUACCCUCAAUAAUACUAUGCACACCUAUGAUAAAUAAUAACGUUACUUUCAAAACAACUAUGCAUAUUUAUGAUAUAUAAUGAUGCCACCAUCAAUAGUGAUUUGCAUAUCAAUGAUAAAUAAUGAUAAGAUUGUGUACGUUAUGAUCAAUUGUUUAACAUGGACUGUUAAGAAUACUGUUGUUAACACGCAGAUGAUAUGUAUUGCAAUAUUAUUUUUCAAGUCUUCUUCUUACGCCGAUAUUUAAGCUAAUACAUGUUGAACUACGUUGAACUACGUAUAGCGGUGUAUUUAGUUCUAUAGAAAACACAGUCAAAGAUGGCGUUGUUUGUUCUGAGUGUCCUCCGAGGCAAAUGUUUAUGAUACAAAACGACUAUAAAGAAAUAAAUACACCAAUAUACAUUUAACGUUGAAAUAAAUCAUUUGACGUGUCUUAUCGUACUUUAACUUAUUUAAAAGAAUAAAUAUAAGAAUAGAA